AUGACCAAAGUCCUCAUCCUUGGCGCUACUGGUUAUGUCGGCAAGCGACUAGCCGAGACUCUAGUUCGAAGCGGCCAGCACCAGAUAUACGGCAUUGCUCGAUCUGAGGCCAAGGCUAAAACAUUGGCUCUUGCAGAGAUCACACCCAUCAUCUGCGCGGAUCCAGUGAAUGAGCCCGAAGCCUAUAUGAAGGCUGUCCGCAACUACCACAUCGACGUUAUCGUUGACAUUGCCGGUGCCAACCAAGAGUCGGCCAAGUUCCUCAGCCAAGCCAAGCAGAUCAGCCAAGAGCGACUGAACAGCUAUGCCGCUUCUGGCAUCAAGGGCCCCAAGCUUGGAUUCAUCUAUUGCUCGGGCACUUGGGUCCAUGGAUCGAGCGAUAAAGCAGUCAACGAUCUCGACAUUGCUGGCCCUAGCGGCGUUACUCCUCCAAGAGCUCUUGUCGCGUGGAGAGUUGACCUUGAGAAUUCCAUUUUGGCAUCUUCCGAUGUCUUGGACGUUGCUGUCCUGAGACCAGCAUUGAUCUAUGGCUACGAAAACACUAUCUGGACCUCCUUUAUCCUCCCUCUGCUUCAAGCAGCUCGAAGUGGCUCCUCGGAACCUGUCAACGUUCCCCUACAAGCUGACUCCAGGCCGGCGCUCAUUCAUGUUGACGAUGUGGCUACCGGCUUCCAAAAGGCGAUUGAAAAUCUGCCCCUGAUCAACAGCGGAUCUGUGUACCCGGUGUUUGAUCUGCUCACGAGCCAGGAAUCCAUGUCUGAGAUCUUUGAAGCCAUGGGCUCUGCUUGGAGCUACAAGGGAGAAUGCAAGCUGGUUGGGUCUGGAGAUAAUUUGUUUGCCGAAGCUAUGAGCACAACUCUGCGCGGAUCUUCAUCGCGUGCUAAGCAAUUGCUUGGAUGGGAGCCAACACGAACCAACGGGUUUGUUGCCGGCAUGGAGUUGUACGCGGCUUCUUUUGCCUCGCAGCAUUGA